CUUUGUCCUAUGUCAGUUGCCUCGCCUAGAUUGAGCACACCAACUAGAAGAAAUCAGAGAUGUAGUCUACAUUCUAAUGAAUAUAUCAUCAUCUCCAGGACCAGGAAUGCUUUCUGAGUUAAAACAAAAUUCGUCGUUACUUAGACCUCUAGUCAUUAUUCUUACAGAGAUCGAAUCCAUCCCUGUUCAGGUUUUAUGUGAUUUCAUCGAGCUGACUUCUCUUUAUGUGGCCGGUCAGAUUAGAGGUCGUUCUUGUUCAUUACCAAUAACUUUUGUUUUCGGUUUGUCUACAAUUCCUGAGAUUGGAUUUGAACCACGUUUUAGUGCAUCCAUACUAAGCCGAUUAACAAUUCGACGUUUUUCUGUUCCUUCACCGUCAGCUUUCUUAAAUGUUGUGUUAAAGGAAAUUAUACAAUUUCCUGGAUUACAUCCAACUUAUUCUGUAUUAAAUUAUUUAAUGGAUGGAUUAUUUCUCUGUUUAGAUUAUUCGGUGAAAAAUUUCUUACAACGUUUAAAAUUUUGCAUGUUAGAACAUUAUUUGAAAACACCACAUCCUGAAUUGUUACAAUCAACGGAGUUAGCGUACAAAUAUCUGACAUCAAUAAAUUCUAGAGAUUUAGCUAAAAUUAUCACAUUGGAUUAUCCUUCAUUAGCAAAUUGUGUUGUGGAUAAUACAACAACUUCAACUCCUACUGUCAGUCAUCCUACACUUCCUAUUGUUAAUAACUCAUCUCCACAAACUGCACAACAAACAGCGCAUAGACUUGUCAACAAGAUUGUAGAACAUUUAGAAAACCAUUUAAAAUUACAAUAUUUAAUUCCAUAUGUAUUGAAUUGGUUGUUGAUUAUUAUAACACCAUUAUCGGCUCGACCUUUGGGUAAAAAUAUUGGAGAUUUAUACCGUUUAUGGUUGAAAAAUGGUUUAGUCAAUGCAGAAGAAUUCAACUUGACAAUCAAUCUUCUAGGUGGAGUGCCCAAAGAACAUUUAUUGAAUUCUGUACAAGAUGCUUAUGAUUAUCUACUGAAAGAAUCUACUUCUUUAAUUCAGACGCAAAAUCCAACUUCACUAUGGUGGUCGUCGUCUACCUUAUCAGAAGGUAGAAAAUGUUUGAAUAAUUUAGCUGACUCAACCCUGUCUUGGCAUACAAAACUAUCCAUGGCUUGUCAAGAAGCAUCGACGAAUAAACAACUGUCACAGUGCCAUCAAGAACAGUCUACCGAUAAUGACACGUUGACAAUAACAGCUGCGACUUCUUUCAAUAAUCAGGAUACUGUACCAGUUAAACCCGUUGAAUUCAAUACAAAAAGAAAGAUAAGUUUACGUAAUUUACGUCAGGUUAGUGGUAGUUUCAUCUUAUUAUUUACUUUGUAUCAUCAAUAACUAUGUACUACUACAUUAUAUCAGUUGAUUAUUAAUUGAUUAGACUAAUCUUGAAACAUUCACUUCCGGCUGACAAGUUUCAAAUAAGAUUAAAUGUGUAUCCUGAAUUCUACUGUUAGCCACUAUCCAUCUCUGCUUAAAGUUCACUUUAAUGGUUUGAUCACGUUUUUUCUUUUUCGCAUGUGAUGUGUUAUCCCAGUGUGGAUGUGUUUUGUAUUGAUUCUAAACUAUGCAUUUAUUGUUGCUGACUAUACAAUUGCGUAAAAGGAGACAGAAAUGUUAUCACAGUUGUUGAUGAUAUAACAUUUUACAAUGAAUAAUAAUGGUUUUUUAAUGUGAUAAAGUUCUUUAAACUAGGUGGUUCACUUGUGGAGCUUUUAUUUUCGUUCUAAUCGAUGUAAAUUAUACCUACAUCAUGUGAACUUCCUAGUUAUAGUGCACAAGUGUUAAAUCAGUUCAUUCUUGUGGUCUUAUUUGGGAUUCGCUGUUUUCAUAUAUAUUUUUAAAAUCUACAUUUAUCCUUGUGUUCCUGUUAAAUAACUUGUAUGGUUGACCUCUG